UCUCUCUAACGAUCAUGGCGUCGAACACCCACGCCGACGGCCUCCGUGCCCUCCUCCUCCAGUACUGCACACACACGCCCGAGUUUGCCCAGCUCCAGGAGGGCUACGGCCAGUGCCUUGCCGCCCAUGGCCUGCCCGACGUGGCCCAGCCAGGGCCGGACCACAUGCGCCUCUGCGGCCAGUUCCUGCAAGCCAUCCGCAUGGGUGCAGAGCGCUGCUCCAAGAAGGUGCUGUCUGUGCUGGUGACGGACGCAUCCGAGUGCAAGGCCGAGUUUAAGGCCUUUGGCGAUGCGUUGGACAACCCUUCGUCGUCUUGGGGCGGGUGGGGCGCCAAGAACACGGAUACGACGCUGGACGCCCUGGUGGCGUGCCAUCACGCCAAGGUCCAGCAGAUCGAGGGUGCUGACUCUCUUGAUUUCGCCGGCGGCGACACAUGCCUCGACCCGUCGACCCUCGGCUCGUCAACUCCGUCCGACAGCGAGAAGGUCUGCGUCGAGUCGAUCUCCAAGUUCCUGGCCAACAUCGGGAUGCACAAGAACAUGUAACAAGUUAAAUCGUAGAGCAUGCAGA